AUGAGUUCGCAACAACUUAUCGCAAACGAGCUAUUGGCGUUUAUACAAAAUGCUAUCGACACCAUGGACGAAAACAGCAUCAUGCAGAUUUAUAGGUCGAGUUUCAAAGAAGACGAGAUCAGCAAAGGGAAGAUGCUACUCUACCAGACGACUGGGAAGCUCGACCAAAUGCCACCGAGGAGGAGAGAUGGUACGGAUAAGAGCGUCCAAGACAUCAACACUUUUCUGAAGGCGGCUAACCCUGACUACGUGCCGACAUUCGUGACAAAGGAGCUACAUAAGUUGCCGCCCAUCACAUUCGACCACGUAGAUGUAACCAGGCUACUAAAGGAUAUCACAUCCUUGGAGUCAAGCUUGGCCCAGAUGCAGAGCAAGUUGGACACGUCUGACACUACCAUCCAGGAACUGCAUGCUGAAAUAGUGUUGUUACGCAACGCUGUUUGA